UCUUUGUUCACUUUUUUUCUUGGCGUCUUAUCUCUUCCCUUCUCUGCCUCGCUUCGCUUCCUACCCACGCCACGCGUGUGUUCUUGGCAGCCACCCAAUCCCCGCCUCGCGAAAUCAGACGCCAAAUCCCCUUAUCUUAUCAUCAAAUCGAUCGCCAACGGGCAUGAUCUGAUGGCUCCCUCAUCAUAGCCUCUGCUGCUGCACCGCAGCAAAAUGGCCCUGGUUUAGUUUAGUCCUCAAGAUCCCGCCUUUCUGGUGCUCUGUUUGGCUAGUGUCGUGCCGCCGCGCGAGGACCCGGAGAUUCGAUUCCGGUCCGGUGUAUCUCUAGGCUGCUUGGUUUGGGUUAGGAUUUAGUGGGCAGGGUUGUGCAGCUGGUGUCUCGUGGAGGAAGAAUUUCGUGGGAGGAUUUUGACCGGGUUUGGGCAAAGAGCGCGCCGUUCGGGAGGAGGUGAUUCUCGCGUGGUUGCGUGCUUUGCUGGGAGUCUGCUGCGGCCACCGCCGGUAUGGCGACGCACUUCACGCCGUCGCAGGCGCACGCGGCGUCGCACCACGCGGCGCACCACCACUCGGCGGCCGCCGCGGCGGCGGUCACGGCCACGGCCACCGCGCGACUGCACCCGUCCGCGCCGCCGGCCUCGGCGUCGGCCGCGGCCGCGGCGCUGUGCCCGCCACACCUCCUCGCGGCGGCUUCCCCGGCCGCCUCCUCCUCCGCGGCGUGCCAGCCCGCCCACAGGCCUAUCUUCGUUGGCCACGGCGCGCCGUGGGCGCAGCAGCCCCAGCGCACCGCGGCGGCGGCCGCCGCGCUCGGUCCGGAGUUUCGGCGCGCGCGCACCACCAAGACCAUCUCCAAGCGCACCCGUGGCGGCGGCGGCGGAGGGGGCGCACAGGACCGCGGGCGCGUGUCCUCAGCCGCCGCGGGUCGCUGUGUCGAGAAGCUGCUCCGCGUCGCGCCUGAAGAUAGGCGAGGGCUUGGUUCGGCCCUCUCGUCGUUUCGGGGCGAGCUACUUGGUCCUGAGGACUACUGCCAGAUCCUCCGGGGGCUCGGCGACAGGGAUAAAUCUGCACUUCGUGCAUUCGAGGUGUUCUAUGCCGCACUACCCUUAGUUGGGGGUGGUGCUGUUGACAAGGGAAAACUUCUGACUGCCGCCAUUGGUGCACUUGGCAAGAUGGGCCGGCCAGACCUCGCGAGGAGGGCUUUUGAUACUGGCAUUGCAGGGAGCUAUGGCAAUACGGUGUUUGCGCACUCUGCGCUUAUCUCAGCUUAUGCCAGGAGUGGGCUUGCAACUGAGGCCAUGGGGGUGCUUGAGUCGAUGAAAGGUGCAGGAUUGCGGCCUACCACGGUAUCAUACAAUGCAGUGAUUGAUGCAUGUGGAAAAGGGGGUGUUGACCUUAGGUUCACACUUGGAUAUUUCCGUCAGAUGCUGCAGGAUGGGCUCUGUCCGGACCGUAAAACAUUUAACUCACUUCUUGCUGCAUGUAGCCGGGCUGGGCAUUUGGAAGAUGCUCGCACUGUCUUUGAUGAAAUGAUCCAUCUUGGUAGUGGGCGUGACAUUUACACUUACAACACAUUCGUCGAUGCUAUUUGCAAGUGUGGCAACAUGGGGCUGGCUCUGCAAGUUGUAUUGGAUAUGGAAGCAAACAAUGCCAAGCCAAAUGUCGUUACAUAUAGUACGCUUAUGGAUGGAUUCUCCAAACUGGAGAAAUAUGAUGAGGCACUCAAGUUGCGUGAAAAGAUGAAGUCUUUGAGAAUACAACUGGACCGAGUUUGCUACAACACCUUACUGGCCAUAUAUGUGAAGACAGGGAAAUAUGAUGAAAUUGCUACUGUAUGUGAAGAAAUGGAGAAAUUGGGCAUUGAGAAGGACACUGUUACUUACAAUUCCUUGAUUAAUGGAUAUGGAAAGCAAGGACGCUUGGACAUGGUCGCUUUCCUUGUUCAAGAUAUGCGGGCGCAAGGCGUAGCUCCUAGUGUGCUGACAUACUCAACUUUGAUAGAUAUCUAUUCGAAGGCAGGAAUGCAUGGAGAUGCAUUUAAUGUCUAUUUGGAUUUUAAGGAGUCUGGUCUAAAGGCAGAUGUUGUUCUGUUCAGCUCUUUUAUUGAUACUUUGGCCAAGAAUGGCUUGGUUGAGUGUGCUUUGUCUUUGCUUGAUGAGAUGAUGAAGAUGGGUAUCAAGCCAAAUGUUGUAACCUACAACACAAUCAUUGAUGCAUUUGGCAAGUCGAAGAUUUUUACUGAGGAGGAUUCUGAUAUUGGUGACAUGGGAAUUGUUGGGGUUUAUGGUGGCCAGGUUGUAAGGGUCACUAAUCCAGUGAUAAGAGGAGGGCGCUCUGCCACUGAUGUUAGGAUGAGGAGGUCACAGGAACUAUUUUUCAUUCUGGAAUUGUUUCAGAAGAUGGUCCAGCAGGGUGUACGGCCAAAUGUUGUAACAUUUUCUGCGAUCCUGAAUGCUUGCAGUCGCUGUAAUAGUUUUGAAGAUGCAGCCCUUUUACUGGAACAGCUUCGCUUAUUUGAUAACUCUGUCUAUGGGGUUGCGUAUGGGCUUUUGAUGGGCCAUCGAGAAGCUUGGUCUCAAGCACGGUCCCUCUUUAAUCAGCUGGGCCGCAUGGAUUCUCCAACAUCUUCUGCCUUUUACAAUGCUCUUACCGAUGUGCUAUGGCAUUUCGGCCAGAGGCAAGGAGCUCAGCAAGUUGUGCUUGAAGGGGUAAACCGCCGUGUUUGGGAGAACACAUGGGGUGACUUCUGCUUGGACCUGCACCUCAUGUCAUGUGGUGCAGCUCAAGCAAUGGUGCAUGCAUGGCUCCUGAACGUGCGCUCUAUUGUUUUUGAAGGUCGAGCUAUGCCUGAGUUUUUAAGCAUUCUGACAGGCUGGGGAAAGCAUAGCAAGGUAGCUGGAUCAAGCACCCUCCGUCGAGUCAUUGAAGCGCUGCUCCUUUCAAUUGGAGCGCCGUUUCAGGCCGAGCGCUUCAACAUCGGGAGGUUUGUGUCACCCAGUGCCUUGGUGUCUGCCUGGCUGAGAGAGUCCGGCACCAUUAACAUCCUCCUCCUCCGCAACGAGCGAACGCAACAUGCAAACGCGUCCAAUCUGGUACCGAGGUUACAGGCGUUGCAGUUAUAGCCCCUUGAUCUCAUCUCCUUGUCCCUGGUAGGGUUGGUUCAGUUCUGUCACAAGCUUCGCUCUGUUUUUUUUUAUAUUCAUCUUCAUUGAGAAGAUUGUAGAGUACCAUAGGCUGAGGGAAUAGCUCGCUUGUUGAAUCCCAGUGUUUUAGUCCGGUUUAGCCAUGAAUGUAAAAAUGUUGUAAAAUUGUCAGCCUGCCUUACAACUCCUUCCAUCAAGGCAAAACGAGUGCAAUUUCUAUUUCUUCACGAAAGGAGCUCCACGGCUGGAAACCUCAGACCCGUGCCUCGCUUCCUUAA